AGGAGAUGUGGAGGUGUAGAGAUGAAGUCAUCAUCCAGCUCUUAAACACUGGGCUUUAAACUCUUCACGCUUAAUGUGAGCAUCUCAUGUAUAAAUCCACACGCGUGUGUAAACUGGACCCAUAGAUCCAGAACCUGUGGAUCCGACUGACUCACAUCUCGGCCUCAAGCUGCAGGACACGUCCCCGGUGAUUGUUUGGAGCAUUAGCUGCUAACAGCUAACAACUGUAGCCGUGUCUGGUCCGAGCUGCUCCGGGGCCCCGGUCCACCAGCAGCCGCAACCCAGAAGCACCACAAAGUCAAAGACUGAACCCCGAGAGGUGGCCUGGUCCUGUGUGUGCAGAAACCAACAGCAGCCCGGUGCUAUGAGAUGUUAGCUGUGGGUGGUCUCAUAUCGGAUGGAGGAGAAAUUCACGACAAUCAUCCCACCAGCUGAUUUUGAAAAUACAGCUACUAUGCCUUCUGUUGGACUGCUUUUUUAAAAGUAAUAGCCAUGGCUUCUCGCAAGGUAGACGAGCUACCUGGUGACACCAAGGACUUAGCUACAGUCUCCGAAUCACUUUUGCGAUGUAGCCUUGAUGACAUCACAGAGGAGCUUAAUUCAGACACACUGAAUGCUGCUGUGAAAUCUCAAAAACCUGGAAAAUUCCGGACUGCCCUGACGUUUUUUGGAGUGCGUAAAAAUAUCUGUAUUUUACCAAGUUUUUUUGGAGGACGGAGUAAAAAUCAGAACAAGUGCUCCUCUAAGAAAGGAAUCACCAAAAGUAAAACGCAUGAUGGGCUGAGUAAGGUUUGUCAUGAUGACUGUCUGAGAGGAAGGUACUGCUCAGCUGGAGACACUGUAUACCACAGCCAGAGGGACUCUUCAGGAGAGCUCCACACUUGCUGUCACAAUGAAUGUAGCCAGCCCACUGCUGACCAGAAGUCGCUGACUCUCGGUCGACAGAAGAAAGGUUUUAGGAGUCUGUUUAACAGUUUUAAGCAUCACAGAAACCAUAGAAAUGCUGGCGUGGAUAAAACCGAAAUGAUUGCAAUGUCUUCUCCCCAAUGCAAGACAGAGGUGCCUGUUGUCCAGCACAACACCAAGUUUGUCACAGAGUGCCUGGGAUCUGAACCUGAUGUGCCUGAUUUUGCGGAUGUUAUACAUGACGUUUCCGUUGGGGCUGAAUGUAGUGGUGCUGUCAUGGUUGCUCUAGAGAAGAGUGUAGAGCAAGAUAGCCCAAAGUCUGAGCUCGAUGAUCAGAUGUGUGAUGUUCAAAUGGAGGAGAUGAAUUUGAUGGCUGUGGUUUCAAGUGAUUGCGAGGAGACUUCUCUGGGACACAACUCGCCUCGUCUCAAAGUCCAGAUGAAGUCUGACCCCGCGUUGAAGUCUGAAGCGCCCACUGGCUCGUCGGAUCAGCUAAACCAGAUGUUUGGAGAUGUAGCAUCAUUGAAGAGCUUUGACUCACUCACAGGCUGCGGGGACAUUAUUGCAGAUCAGGAAGACGACAGCAUCACGGAAAGCACAGUUUCUGGAGAGAGGAGCCGGAAUGGAGGGAAGAGGGCCUCCUGCUAUCUUACAUAUCAGGGUGGCGGUGAAGAAAUGGCCUCACCUGAAGAUUUGGAUGAAGAGUGUCUUGAUGAUUUCUGGGGAAAUAAGACUUUGGAAAAAAUCUGCUGUGCUUGCAACGAAGACCACACAGAUAUGACCGCUGAGCUGACGAGUUCUCACAAUAUGGAUUUAUUAAACAGUAACAGCAUACAACAAGCCAGUGGCAUGGACACUUCUUCAAUUGCUGAUGUGUUGACUCCUCAAAGUGAGCAUCAAGAAUCAGUUCCAAACAGUGAUGAGGGCUACUAUGAUUCAACGACCCCAGGGCCAGAGGAAGGUCAAGACAAAGCUGACAGACUGCAGACAGACAGAUUACCCAGGGACAGUUACAGCGGAGAUGCACUCUAUGAACUCUUUGCACCUGAUGAGAGCCUCAUCAGUCCACAUUAUGAGAGCAAAUCAAAGCUUCCCGGUUCAAAACAGUGCGAGUAUUUAAGUGAGCCAGUCGAUGUGACGGAUUCAGCCUUGGUUCCAGACAUGGAUCGAUUACAAAUAAGCACUGAGCGGUAUGAAGUUCAACAUUUUUUUGAGAGCAGUAAAUCCUCUGAGUCGGCACAAAACGUGGUUGGUCGGCAGGAAAUCAGCUUGAAUAAAGACUGUAAUUUGAAUUCAAAACCACAAGCAUCAGGCAGCAGGCAUAAUAUAGAAGCGGAUGUGUUUGAUGAAAAAGGAAAUACACUUGUUUCAGCUGAAAAAAGAACAAAAUCCGUCAACACAGACUGUGAGAAAAGGCACAGCAGCAUAUCGUUCGGAAGCACGUCUGACCCCGACUUUGAAACAUUCUGUGAACCCAAAGAGCAGCAUCUUGAGGAAAACAAGCCUGUGGCUCUGCCAUACAAAAGUAUCAGCUCUCAGUCUCUGGAUUCUAACAACGAUUUGGAUGAUGGGCAAACCGUGUGUUUCUCACAAGCACUCGUUGACUACACAAAACACUCUCGGAUGCUGAGCAACUUGCACAACAACGUGGAUGAUAUGGAGACGAACGCUGCCUUCACUCCAAACAUGGAGGCCUUACCCACCAUAGUCACGUUUGAUGUAGUGGAUAUGCAUAACGAGGGUGAAUACGACGAGCAGAUUCACAUGGAGCUGGAGGAGGACAUUUCAUCGCCCUAUCAGGACUGUGAAGAAAGCUACCUGCAAAAAGACGCGUUUGCAGAGUUCGAUUAUCAAAUGUUAGACCUGUACGAACAGAACCUGAUCAGUAACACAUGGGCUGUUGCUAGUCUCCCACGGCACCUAGGCCUUACAAGAGUCAGCCAGUCCAUGGCUAAUCCACUGUCUCUAGACAGGAAAAGUAGAUCUCUAGACACAGAGGGCCGUGAGUUGAAGAUGCCUGACACAUAUAGAGAGGAAAGAGCCACUAUUGUUUCUUGCACGCAGACUGAAAAGGACCCUGAAAGAGACUCCUUGCCACAUUACAAAAAGAAUGUACAUGUGUCUGCAUCAGAUGUUAAAGACUGUAGCAGCAUUAUGGCCUUAUCUUGGCAAAAAAGGUCAGAAAUGGCUCUAAGCCUUCCUCUGACAGAUGGGGAAAUCACUGAAGUACAGAGCGUUAGUCAAGCCCACGUUAAACAUAAACUAUUUUCCUCUUUAUCGAGCAGUGAUUUUCCUGAUGGUAAAGUACAGCGUCUUUGCUCUAAUGUGUCAGACAGAGUUUCCUGUGAUAUGAUGUCACAGAAUACAGAGCCGCACAACAGACAGUGCCACAUUCCUUUGCAAUCGGACUCCUGUUUACCUCAUAGCACCUUUGUUUAUCCUGACAUGGUGGAGGAGUUAUCCGAGGAUAUCGACGAUGAUGAGGUUUUUUGUAAAGCUGCCACUAAUUUGCAGUCCUACAAGCAGUGUGGUAAAAGCAGAGCAGUGGCUCAUAGGGAGGGGAUGUGUCAUGCAGGGAGUCAGUUAAAAGCAGUUGUGUCUAAAGAUGAAAUGGCCGCCCUCAGUGAAACAAGAACGCCCAGGGAUGUGGGGUGCCUUGUGGCCUGCACAGAUCUCCCAGAGACGACCUUUGAUUGAACGACUUUUACUCAUACCGUUAAUAUCACGUGUAAAUGUGCCAAUGAGUGCUUUUAUGUUACAUCCAAAGGAAUAACUGUUGCUUAUUUUUCACAACGGAUUCCUUCUAGCACACUGUGAUUGACGGGACACAAAUUGAAAUUUUUACUUUAGUGUGUGCCAUCGUGCUGCAUCAACUGCAGCGCUGUCUUGGGAAGUCAAAAGGGUUUUUCUGCAUUUGCACAGCAACGGUUGCUCAUUUCACACAGAUCACAGACAUAUCAGUCCACUGAAGGUAUUAGAAGAGAUUCUUUGUUUUAUUUGCAUUUGGAAAUGGUCACAGAUCAGAUUCAUCUCAUCCGACUGAUUAAUAAUAAUAUUAAGAUUUUAUUUUUUGUAGCCUCCAGGACUGAGCCACACGUUGAUUACAAAGCUAUUCAUUAGCCCCGGUUUCCAUAGCACAGCCAGCUGCCUGUAAACACAUGCAUAGUGUGUGUUUGCUUUAAGUGCCAGCUGAUGUGUUUACUGCUUCUUCACAGCCUCUCUUUGCUGCAGUAAAGCUUAAGUUGGCUUGUCCAAAUUAAAUGUCAUCAGCUGUUUUCUAUCAUUUCAAGGUAGAUUGUUUUUAGGAAACAAAAAGAGGAGAAUCACUGAGGGGAAUAUCUUCAUUUGCAGGGAGCAGUCCCUCAAUCCACUAUAGGAUACGAUUCAGAGCAGAUCCGUUUUCAGACAUGGACCCAGAAUUUGUCUUUUACGUAUAGAGCAGUGGUCACCAACCUUUUCAAGCCCAAGAUCACUUUUUAAUUCUAAACGUAAGCUGAGCUCUACCACCCUGGUAUCGUCCAAAAACCCACUUAGGAGGUUCAUAUUUAUUAUUUCUGCUAAUUCUGUCAAAGGCUUAAUGUACGAGCAUAAAUAUACACACAGAAAGGCAGUUAUGCAACUUUAUCUAUUCGAUUCACAAUAUUCACAUUAAUAUGAAUUCAUAUUUACAAUAUUUAGCUUCAGUUAAACAAUAUCUUCUGCAGAGAAUCUGCUACUGCAGCACAAUGAUUUUACAUAGGCUUUGUCUUGAAUAUCGCCAUAAAUAUAACUAUUUCCUGGUAUCAAAGUAGUCCUGUGUACUGAAAUAAAAACAAAUACUAUAAAGUGUGAAGCCAUGCAUCUUACGCUCCUGCAAAUAUAAAAAAACUCUUUAUUAAAACAAAAGAAUGAAUUUGGUCAACAGAAAUGCUGUGACAUAAAUUCAACAGAUAAACAUUAAAACUCAGGUGACAGAUCAUUUUCUCUGUUUAUUCUGCUGUGAACGUUUAUCUGUCUUUGUUACAAGAGCAUUUCCAACACCAAAGGAUGCAUGUCUUCAUUCCAUAGUGUCCUGACAUUUGUUUUAGUACAUAAUCCGACUUGUAUUGAAGGAAAUGCAGUCGAUAAACCAGCAGCUCCUCCGCCAGUAGUGGACACGCUGCCCGUGUCAACAACAGACAACCGACACAGCUGAUCUGCGGCGCAACCGCAGCCAUUGAGUCCAGAGAGUUACAGGGAUCGACAGUGAAGACUGUUGAGAUCGACCAGUCGAUCAAAAUCGAUGGGUUGGCGACCACUGAUAUAGAGAAUGCAGCAAGAGAUUGUUCGGGUCAGACAUGAUCGCAACCAAAGGAAAAUGUUCGGAACAUUAAGGCGAUGGGUGGCGACGAUGGAUGUGUUACAAGUAGAGCAUGCAGGAGGCAGGACUUAACAUGGGGCAGUUGUGGCUCAGACGGUUGAGGUCGUCCACUAAUCAGAAGGUUGGUUGCUCAAUCUUCCAAAGUGUCCUUGUGCAAGAAACUGAGCCCUAAAUUGCUCCUGACGCCUAUGCGGCAUGAGUGUAAUAGAAGUGCAGCAUUUAUUAACUGUAUGAAUGUGUAAAUUAGAGACUGUGGCUUGUAGCUCUGUGAGUGGUAGAUAAGACAAAUUGCUGCGGAAAUCAUGUGUUUGUUUACAGCACAUUGACACUGGCAUCAGCCCGUUAGUCUCUUGGUCUUUGUCUUCUAAAUGUAUGGCUCCUCUUUACAUCCUGAGAUAUUUGUAUUCAUUUUUUCCAUUGUUUUACAUCUGUUGUAUGUUAGAAACUCAACAUCAUCAUUUACACCUGUGAUUUUUGUACUGUGACACGUCAAAAUGUCUGCCUUCAAAAGGCGGAUAGACAACAUGCAUCUUGAUAUCUUUGUAUUUGGCGAAAACUCUAAAUAUCUAAUAGGAAAUGUACAGGUAGACUGGGAUUUCAUUUACAUACUGAAGUCAGUGUUGUAAGUGGAAGCCACCAUUUGUCAAGAACAUUUCCAGAUAAUGUACUGUGUGUAUGAAAGUGCUUUACAUCAAGGAAACAGCUUGGAAACUUGUCUAUAAAAUGGUAAAAAGAAAUCAAGGUAAAAAAGCUAAUAGUCUGUAAUUUACUGUGCGGGCUUCAGACCUGACGAGCCAAUCUGGCCCUAGACAUGGCUGCUGUUUUUCUUCGGUGCUGUUUUCCACCUGUAAAGUGCAUAUUUCUUACUUUAAGGAUGCACUCCCUUCACAUGUUACUGUAAGCUAAUAGAAUGAAAAAUCUUUUUGGUUUUGUUGAAAUGUUAUGCUAAAAUAUAAGCUGGUAUUCUCACCUUGUAUCGAUUUUUUUGUUGUGAUUUGAAAUGUUUUUAUUGGUCAGAAGUUAAACUGUCAGAUGAUGUAGUUUUUUAUGGCGUAAUAUUGAACAAAUGUAGUUAUAUUCUCAGCUAUUUGUACACUGUAACGUAUUUAGACUGGUUAUUACAAAUUCGCAAUAUUCUCUUUGAGUUCUCUUUUUUAUUAUGCUAUUCUUUAUAUUGAGGUUACAUUCAUGUUACAUCACAGGAUUCUUCUGGAAAGUGUGUUACAUUUUUGUCAGAGUAGAACACUGCCUUACACGAAAAUAAACAUGUCA